AAACCAAACACAGCCGCCGGCCGCCGCCCUUGACGGCCCAUGGAAAGAAAAGGCUAGGCAGCUAGUACAGUAAACGGAUUGCGUGUUUGCUUGCUGCUUUAAAAUAAAAAAAACGACAUCAUUUACGCUCGUGUGUCCCUCCUCCUAAGUCCCAACACAACACGUCGGCAUUCCCAUCCGUCGACGGCAGCUCACUCCCGUCCUCCCUUUGAAUCUCCAAUUGAUGAUCGCCUCCUUCCCCGCCACGCCAGUAGAUACAAAUAUCGCUCUUGAAAGUUGAAACGCACCAAGCCGACGAAAGCCCCAAACCCAAACCGAAACAGAAGCGAGCUGGAAAGUCAAAUCAUCUCCCCGCUCUCGAGUCUCGACUCUAGCUCGCCCACUCUUAUAAUUCUUGUCUGAAGCGGCGAAGCUUGUUCGAUUGAUCGAUGGCCGCCGUGCAGCCGCGCGUAGCCCCACGCCGGCACCCGCCGCCGCCUCCGCCGCUUCGGCCGCUCCCAGCAGCGCCGCCGGCUGCCCGGCCGCAGCUUCCGUGCAAGAGGAGCCGCGCCGACGCCGCCGUCGCCCACUGCAGGAAGGAGAGGGUGGCCGAGUCGUGCUGCCUGUCGCGGCCGGACCAGGUGGAGCUGGUGCUGGUCGACGACGACAGCGGCGAGGAGGACGACGGCUGCGGCAGCUGCGUCGACGGUGCCGGCGGCGGACAGGCCGAGGAGGAGGAUGAGGAGGAGGAGGGGAGCGGCGGUGUCGCCGCCGCCUGGUGGAGCGAGGAGAGCGGCGGCCGCUGUUCCCUCUGGGCGAGCGGGAGGAGAAGAGCAGAUGAAGAAGGCGGCCGCCAAUUACGCGCCGACGACAGCGAGAGCGACGACGAGGACCCCGCGGCGGCGGCGGCGAGGCGGCAGGAGGAGGACCGCAAGUUCUGGGAGGCGUGCCUGGCGUCGGGCUACCCCUGAGCCUGCAGGAGCAGCAGGACAGGACGCGCAGAUCGAUGGAUCGAUCGAUCAGUGGCCAGGCCAUGCAUGCAUGCGCGCGCUCGUGUUUCUUGAUUAGGACUAUGUACAGUGGUUUUUGUUUUGUUUUGUUUGAUUUAUUUGCUUGUGCUUUGGACAGCGUUUACAAGUUUGUGCAUAUAUGGCGUGUAAAAUGCGACCAUGCAUGAAACAGAGAUGCAAGGCCAAACAAACAGGAACUAACCUACUGGUGGUUACAUACACGUACGUACAGUUGAUGGUCCGGGCGUGGAACCCGAACACACGUGUCAUCCAUUCAUUGCGUGCGAGUGCAAUCUUCGGCAA